UCCCGAUAGACAUCCAACCUUUGGGUCAGAAUGAGUGUUUCUUGUUGAAUAGUCUGCCCUGGAAAGAACCCAACCAUGACCUGCGGAUAUAUAUCUGCUGUGUUGAGUUCUUAAACUACACGCGAUUCAUCGUUCUCCACUCCAACUGUUCGCAGAUUGUUGGGCAAGCUCUGGUAUUGUGUCUCUGUGCAAAAAUGACCGCGUACUACUUUCUAGGCGUGCCAUCGCCGGCUACGAUUAUUGGAACACUGUCUUUCCUAUUUGUUCUCGACGUGACUGCUGUCGCAUUGCGCUUUAUUUCGCGUCAGAGGCGCAAGCAAGGUUUUCAAGCAGACGACUGGCUUACUAUUCCUGCGCUCCUCGUUACCAUGGGGAUGGCAAUCAACAUGUUUUGGGCUGUCCACACGAAAAAGCUGGGCUACAAGAUCAAUAGUCUAGAAGACAUGUCCCGGGGAGUCCCAACGCGAAUUCACGAUUACGUUUCGGUCACUCUCGCCCCUGCCGCUCUUUCACUUAUCAAGCUAAGCUGCUUGUGCCUUUAUCGUCGCAUCUUUGUUGUUGAUAAGCACAACCUGCUGGAUAGGCGCAACCUUCUGUUUGCUUUCACAAUCACAGUGAUUAGUCUCUGGGGUUUGGGGCUGACAUUAUCAUACCUCUUCGUAUGCAAACUUAGCUGGCACCUAGUGUGGGCUCCACCAUGGGAGGCAUUAGAUCAAUGCAUGGACUUCAUGAAGUUGGGACAUUUCUUCAUGUAUUCGGACUUCUUGACUGAUCUUUUGGUCCUCAUGAUUCCAGUGCCUUUUAUUUGGAGGCUGCGUUUGGGCUGGAAGAAGAAGGGUGUCAUCACCUUGGUCUUCUUGCUUGGUAUCUUUGCGUCAAUCUGCUCCUUGUUCAGGAUGCUUUUCAUGCUAUGGUCAUUCAAAGUCGGCUUCGACCCAGCCUUAGACGAGGGGCUUAUGACCACCAUCUCAGACUAUUGGUUUACGAUUGAAGCCCACGUCGGGUUGCUCGCGGCAUGCCUGCCAACCUUACCAGGCUUGUUCAAAGGCACGAACAUUGCAAACACUUUCAAAACUUGGUGGACUACAAAAACUGGGUCUUCAUCGUCGGACUCCAAAUUUCAUGGGGUCAAGCGUGCUGACAGCGACGACUCUGUCACUUUCCAAAACCAACACAUCUUGUUGAAAGACUAA